CGCGGAGGGGCAGGCCGAGCUUUUGCAGACGCGGGGCUCCCCUGCGAAGAAAGGUUUGCAACGCUUGGGAAUUUGCAGUUCAGAGGAAAGGGUCUGGCGACCUUCAGGGAGGUGGCUGUGUGCUUCACAGUGGGGGAAUGGGCUAUGAUGGAUCCCAGCCAAAGAGCUCUGCAGCGGGAAGUCAUGGAGAGGAAUUAUGAGACGGUGGCCUCUCUAGAACCAAACUUCACUUCCUGUUGGGGAGGAGGAGAAUAUCCAUUUAUCCAGGAUCCCAAAAACAGGGAGACAUCAGCAGAAAUUUCCAAGCCGCACUUCAUUUCCUGGCUGCAAGGACGAGAUCCACUUGGACGGGGCUCUAAUGAAGGGGAGAGGUCUGCAGCAGAUGCCGGGCAGGCCAAUGAAAUUUACAGGGAACAACAGAUGGCAGCAACUAUCAAGUGCGAAGCAGAAAAAGAGAUGUGUGGGGAAAGUGAGGGGCCAAAAACGCCGGAAAGAAACAUGCCAAAGCACGGGAUGAAGAAACCCUCUACUUCUCAGGGUUUGCAUCAAAGAACGCACAGUGGGGAGAAAUCCUUUAAAUGCAUGCAGUGCGGAAAGGGGUUUAGAGUGAGCAGCAGCCUUGCUUUGCACGAAAGGACACACACCGGCAAGAAGCCCUUUAAAUGCAUGGAAUGCGGGAAGACCUUCAGUCAAAGCGGCAACCUUACUGCUCAUCGGAGAACUCACACAGGGGAGAAGCCGUUCAAGUGCAUGGAGUGCGGGAUGUGCUUUAGCCAGUGCGGUAACCUUGCCUCUCAUCAAAGAACUCACACAGGGGAGAAACCGUUCAAAUGCCUGGAGUGUGGGAAGAACUUCAGGCGGAGUCAUCACCUUACCAAACACCGAAGAACCCACACGGGGGAGAAGCCGUUCAAGUGCAUGGAGUGUGGGAAGAGCUUCAGCGUGCGCAGCAGCCUUACAGUACAUCAAAGAACCCACACGGGAGAGAAACCAUUUAAAUGCAUGGAGAGCGAAAAAGCUUCAGCCAGAGUGGUGGCCUUACUGGCCAUCUAAGAAUCCACACAGGGGAGAAAGCAUUUAAUUACGCUUAUUCUUCUUAUUCUUCUUAGUAUUAUUAUUACUACUGCCACUGUUGAUUUAUUAAUCGCUUUCUAAACCACCGUCUCAAGGCAAUUUACACAUAAGAUAAUGGCAAAGAGUUAAAACCACCAAAAAACCCCAAAUAUAUUUAAAACAAGACUAAAAUCUUUACCAACUGGACAGUCGUAGCAAGGACCCCAUUUAUCCAGCUGGCAAAACUCUAUUGGAGCAAAAAUGUCUUCAGCUGUUUCCAGAAAGUGCAGACCGUGGGUGCCUGUCAUAUCUCAGCAGGAACGCUAUUCCACAGGACGGGAGCAGCCACACUAAAAGCCCAUCUCUGAGUUAUUGCAGAGCAGGCUUCUGAGAUUUUUGGGACUCAACAGCAGAAACUCCUGCAGACCACAGCAAUAUCUGCUGGGUGUGUAAGGGAUAAGGCGGUCUCUUGAGUAACCUGGUCCCGAAUUGUAUAGGGUCUUAUAUGUUAGUAGCAACACCUUGAAAUUGGCUG